AUGUUCGUGAAGAGCACUUCAAGAUCAGGAAGAACGUGCUCAGAGAGGCUUUAUAGAUCCGUCCUACAGGACACGGAUGACGACAUAAUAUCGAAGAAAUCACUGCAGGCUGUUAAGCAGAUCAUCAACUUCCUGAAGGAACAUGCCAGAGAAGAGGGCCUGUUUCGACGUGCAGGACGUCGUGACCUAAGAAGACGAAUCCUGAAUUCGUUGAAGAAAGGGGAGAAGCCUCAUUUGGGCAACCGUAACGAGGCUCUGGAAUGUGCAGCCGCGUUGCAACUUUUCCUAUGCCACCUGAAGAAACCUGUGAUGCCUCAACAUGUCCAGCAAUUGCUUCUGGCUGACAAUCCCGGGGUGACCACUCACAUGAUCGCCAGGGACGCGCUUGGACUGAUACGACAGGAUGUCGGUGGCCGUCACGGAGAGCUACUGGCCGGUCUUCUUGAUUUAUUGAGGCACUUGACCUUAUCCGGCCCUCCGUCCGAGAGAUCGGAACUCCGCGGCUCACCGCUUCCGAUAGCUUUACUUCCGGUCUUUUUCACUUUGACGCCAGCUGACCUGGUGAAAUGGAAGCAAGUAGCCGCCAGAUUCAGCGAAUUAAUUACCGAAGCCCCUGAGCAACUGCAGCUGAAUGAAAAUCGAUCCUAUGAAAUAGAAUCCACCAGGCUCCCCGUUGGAAACGCAGGCAACGUAAGGAACAGACAAGCUUUUAACGGUCAGGUUGGGGAGAUAACUGGAGUUCUUGCUGUGCCAUUGCACGGACCACCGGCUAGCAGACUUCAUCCAGCAAUUUCCAAUUCGAAUCGAUAG